CACAUCCUGCUUGUUAAUAUUAAUGAGAAGAGGUCAGGGCGCCUCUGAUUGGCUCCCGAUCCUAGUUUCCAGGACAACCGAAACAAAACGAACAGUUUCAGACUACAGAAGGGCACGAGCCCUUUAGUUAUAUACACAUUUUGGGGUAUUCUUUUUCCAUUGAAAAUGGAUAGAGAGGCAGAAAACGAGGUGAAGAAUGUGCUGUCAGCAGCAGAUUCCACCAAUGAGGUGGACAAUUCUGCUGUGACAGUUCAUGGAAAUAAAAAGGAAGAUGUCCAAGCUGAAAUGGUUGCAUCAGAUCAUGAUGAAGAAAACUCUGAAAGUGUGCCCACCACUGAAGAGGCCGCUGUUGAAGAAGCAGCCACCUCUGAGCCAGAAGGAACAAGAAGUGAUUUGGAUGUGAAGACAAAUGAAGUCAAUGAACAGCAAACGUCCCACGAGGAGAGUGUUGUUGUCAAAGUUAACAGCAAUGAUGGCGAUGGACCUCCCAGUUUGCACCCUGAGACCCCGGAGAGAAAGAACACGAGUCCUACACAAGGGGAAGACGAGGCUGAAGAAGAGAAAUCCACUGCUGAUCCUGAAGACAAAGAAGACACCAACUAUGAAAACAUUCAGCCGAAGCAGGAGCAGCGUGAGGACAGAGAUGACACCCGCCAAUACCACAGCCUGCUGCAGAUGAAGCUGGCAGAGUUCUUUCAGAAGAAGGCCUGGGAUGACACCCAGCUGGACAGGGAGAUCCCGGUGUCAGAGCAAGGGUAUGACAAGUACAUUAACAUCCUGACUGAGCUGAAGCAGCAGCUCACCGCUGAUUCCGAGACAGCUCAGCAGCAGGCAGAGGAGCUGAGGUUAAAGUCCCAAGAGAGGCUGUACAAGGUGGAAAAUGAAUGGCGAGAGUUGCUGGCACUGAAGCAGGACGUAGCUGUGACAGUACUAAGCCGACGACUGGGUAAACAAGCUUCUCAGGCCAAAGUUGAGGCAACCUUGGCAAAAGAGACGCUCCUGCAGCAAGAGCUGAUCAUGCUGCGCCGUAAGCACAUCAUGCUGAGGAUCAAGAUUCACCGGCUGGAGGCAGAGCUCCGUGAAGGGGAAGAACGUGCCAGGGACCCGUUACAUGUCCAGUUUGAGCAGCUGCAGGCUGAGAGGCUGGAGCUGAAGAAGCACACCAAAAAGCAAAAUGAGGAAUCUUUAAAGAUGCAGAAAAAGAUCUGCAGCGGAUUGGAGCUCAUGUCAAACGUCAAGGAGAAGCUGUUCUGGAGCCAGAUGGAGGUCCAGGCCAAGAGAGAGCAGCUGGCCAUGAUGGACGCAACGGUGGCCAGGCAGAGGGACCUCCUUAGCAGGACUAGGCAGGUACGCAACGGCCUGCAGAGAGACAACAUGAGGCUCAAGGAGCAGCGUGGACUUCUGGGGAACAGCGUCCUACUACGGGACUUUGAGGAUACGGUGGAUGUCUCUGACCUUCUGGAGGAACAGCUGGAAGAUCUGAAGUACCGGCAAGCUGAGAUGAUCUUUAGUUGUGGCAGAUGGAGGAAGAAGCUGGAGACAACUCAAUGAAUGAAUGAACUUGACUUAAGAUUUUAAGUUGCGAUCAGACUACAUAAUAAUCAGCCCGAAAAAAGCCAGAUUCAUCAGGUCAAAGCCAUUGCUUAUGGUGUGUGUAGAGAACGAGUAAUACAUAAAUAAUUAUUAUUAUUAUUAUUCUAAUUUAAUUGCAUCAUUAGUUGCACUGCAGCACAUUAUAUUUAGCAGGAAUUAAUAUAAUUGUUCCAACCCACCAUAUUACGACCAGAAGCCAGAUCUCACAAAGAAACAUACCAGGGUCAGGACUACUUUACUGAGGCAGCAAUCACCACUGCCCAGUAUUUUUAUAUACUCUAUCUCUGUGAUUCCAAACAGUCGGAAAGAUUAUAAGUGAAAUUAUGAUUUUAUAAAUCAGCUGUAACACCUGAACACUACAAUGUUGUGUGAGAAACAAAUUAGAAAAGUUUAAACCAUUUUAUUUCUAUGGUUUAAACAGAUAGCUAAAAGUAAUUAAUACAUUGUAGAACUAAAUAGAUAAAUGUAACGUCUAAACUAAGUACAGAUUUAAAAAUUGAAAUGAAUAUACAGUAGUAGAAUUGCUCCGCAAGCUGUGGAGAUAAUAAUAAUAUAUACUUUAAAGGGGAAAUUACAAUUUACGCUCUGUUGUUAUUACACACAGGCUCUUUACCCAUACGCAUGUGUGGGGAGAUGUCACAAUAGCCCAUGGAAAGGCAUCCUGAGCAGUUGGGGGUUCUUAGCCUUGCUCAUGAGUAACCUUGGCAGUGCCCAGGAGGUGAACUGCCCCCCCUCCAGCUACCAGUCCAACACCAUACUUUGGUCCGUACAGGCACUUGAACCAGCAACCCUCCGGGUGCGGACCCAAUUCCCUACUGAUUGAGCUACUGUCACCGGUAUCUGGCAUUGCAACAUGGGUAAACCAAAAAUCAAGCGUGGAAAUGUUCCACCAAAACAAGUUCAUUCGGAGGCACUGUACCUGCACCCAGAGCUUAGCGCUGCCAAAGAUGAUUGUGAUCGGUUUUGAUUGAUUUGAUUGAUUUGAUUGAUUUGAUUGAUUGUUUGUGACUCUAUAAAAAAGUACAAAAGAAAAACAGAAAUUCAUCAAUCAACCAACAUCAAUAUUCUUACAAUACAUAAGAAUAUAUCAGAAUAAUUUCUGAAAAGAAUUAUAUCAAUGGAAAGGAUAAAAUAAAAUAAAUUAAAGUAAUUUAAAAUACAAGAGGAUGUGCCGUUCAAUUUCAGAUACAUUAGUAAAGUGUUUUAGAAUUUUAUAUAAUGUUUGUGCUUUUUCUUCAUUUACCAAUUUUAAAGACUUUAUGUUAAGUUUAAAUAAAUGUAUAUGUGUGUACAGUAUAUAGUCUAUAUAUACAGUAUAUCCUAAUUGGGGGAUGACUUCAGGAUUCAGUUUUUGUGGAGGAAAAUGUUUGCCAGACAUAGAAUUACAUUUAGUUUUAUCAUCACAUCAUUUUUUAUUUUUGCAUUAUACCAAAUGUGACAUUGUCUCUAGAUAGGCCUAUAGAAGCUGUAAUAGUUAGAUAUUUUGUUUUAUCCAUUUGUAGAUGUCAAGCCCAAACACCUGUAAUACCUUACAGGAGAAAAUACAUGGUCUGUGGUUUCCACAUCAUUUUGA